UGGAAAGGAAGUCUGACAGCCCUGCCCUUGAGAGCAGGCCAAAAAACCCAAAACAAAAAGGGCAAAAUUUUUAUUUUUUUUUCAGUCGGAUUUCACGGCAAUAAACGGCAAUUAUUAUUAUAUAAGCAAAACAUUUAUUGCUAGUGGCUGAAGGGGAGGAAUAGGGGCCUGUGCCGGUGGUGUGCCGUCCCUACGAACAAUUGCUUGGUAGAGGAUUCAGCAACUACUUUGCCUGCUUCUUCAUUUGCUCUGUUUUGACUGUGGAUUCUGAGACUUGCUGGAUUUUUGCUUCGGGUUGUUUUAAUGGCGGAUUUGCCGUGUGAUGGAGAUGGGGUUUGCAUGGUGUGCAAGGUGGUUCCGCCCGAUUGCGAUGUGCUCCUGUGCAAUAGCUGCGUGAGCCCAUGGCAUAUGCAGUGCUUGAAUCCCCCUUUGACGGCUGUUCCUGUUGGUGAUUGGUUCUGCCCCGACUGUUCCAUCACAAACCACGAAGACCAACAGCGCCCCUGUGGCGUUAAAUCUGCUUCUGAUGGGGAUGAUUUGAUUAGUCAGAUCAGAGCAAUACAGGCUGACCCAAAUCUCACUGAAGAUGAAAAAGCGAAGAAAAGGCAGGCCCUUAUGGCCAGAGGUCAAGGUAAGAAAAAGGCGAAGGAAGACGAAAAAGGCGAGGAAGAGGAGGUCAAGGUUUCCAGGCCUAGGAGAAACGAGCUGCUCGAGCUCUUCGAUGAGAGCCUCAAUUGCAUUUUCUGCAUGCAGCUUCCUGAACGACCUGUUACUACACCUUGUGGUCACAACUUCUGCUUGAAGUGUUUCCAGAAGUGGAUGGCACAAGGAAAGAAAAACUGUGCAAAAUGUCGAUCUAUUAUUCCUUCCAAGAUGUCCUCUCAGCCUAGAAUCAAUUCAACUCUUGUAAUGGCUAUUCGUAUGGCAAAAGCUGCAGCAGCCAAUUCAGGAGACUCUUCUCGAAUCCCCAAGGUUUAUGUCACUAUCGAGAAUCAAAAUAAGCCUGAUAAGGCUUUUACAACAGAGCGUGCAAAAAAAACUGGCAUAGCAAAUGCAGCUAGUGGGCGGAUUUUUGUUACUGUUCCUCCAGAUCACUUUGGACCAAUUCUUGCACAGAAUGAUCCAGAACGAAAUCAAGGUGUUCUUGUUGGAGAGUGUUGGGGAGACAGAAUGGAAUGCAGGCAAUGGGGAGUUCAUCUUCCUCAUGUUGCUGGUAUUUCUGGGCAGGCUGACUAUGGGGCGCAAUCUGUGGCUCUAUCUGGCGGCUAUGAAGAUGAUGAGGAUCAUGGUGAAUGGUUCCUUUACACUGGGAGUGGUGGAAGAGAUCUUAGUGGGAACAAGCGAACAAAUAAGGAGCAAUCCUUCGAUCAAACAUUUGACAAAUAUAAUGAAGCUUUGCGAGUUAGUUGUAAAAUGGGCUAUCCAGUUCGUGUUGUCAGGUCGCACAAGGAAAAACGUUCGUCUUAUGCGCCAGAAACUGGUGUUCGUUAUGAUGGUAUAUAUAGGAUCGAAAAAUGCUGGCGUAAGAAAGGAAUUCAGGGGUUUAAGGUUUGUCGGUACUUGUUUGUUCGCUGUGACAAUGAACCUGCUCCUUGGACCAGUGAUGAACAUGGGGAUCGACCUCGCCCCUUACCUAAAAUAGAUGAGUUUAAGAAUGCAUCUGAUAUCACUGACAGAAAGAGAGAGCCAUCAUGGGAUUGGAAGGGCGAUCGAUGGGGAUGGAUACGAGACCCUCCUGCAAGUAGAAGACUUGGUUCUUCAAAUAAAAGAUUGGCUUCUGAUGGAAGUAGGAGUAGGGAUAGACCAAGGCAAUUCAUGACAAUACAGCAGAGGUUGCUUAAAGAGUUUAGUUGCAGUCUUUGCAAGAAGGUUUUGACUCUUCCAAUAUCUACUCCAUGUGGACAUAAUUUUUGUAAGUCCUGUAUAGAAGGUUUGUUUGCUGGGCAGCAAGAUGUGCGAGAGCGUACUACUGUUAGUGGCCGUUCCUUGAGAACACAGAAGAUAGUCAAGAAGUGCCCAUCUUGCCAGGGAGAUAUCAAUGAUUUUCUUGUAAAUCCACAGGUGAAUAGACAAAUGGAGGAUGUGAUACGGUCUCUCAAACGUAAAGAUGAAGAUGGGUCUGAAAGUGAUGGUGAUGGGAAAGAAGAUGGAGUUCAGUGUGGGGAUGCUGAGAAAGAAGACAUGGAAACAGAAAACUGUUUAGUGCAGGCAACAGAAGAUUCAAAUGAACCUAAAGCUACACCAGUUGACAGGUCCGAAUCCUUAAAGGUUACAGAUGGAGAAGGAAGUAUUGAGGUUGAAGAAAAAUGUGCUUCUGAUAAAAAGGUCCACGCAGAUUCUGAUAAGAGGCCUUUAGACCCAGAGAAAGAAAAAGCCAUCAGGCAACUUCAUUGCAAGUAUUCUCGCUACUCAGAAGAGCUAUUGCGGAGUAUGCUGGCUGACCAAGAAGGUGAUGUGAAUGAGCUUGAAGCUCUUUUGAGAACAUUGCAACGGCAAGAGACCAGGGCCAAUCGUGUGGUUUCAAAUUCACCAGCUUCCAAGCAUAAGAACAAGGAUGCAUCUCUUCAUAGCACCGUCUUGGAGGAAACUGACACUGAAGUUUUGAAUGCAAAUGAGAGUAAUAUAAACGCUGCAAGACCAGAGGCAACUGUGAAGGGCAUAGAUGCGAAAGUGUCAGAGGAGGAUUGCACUGAAAAGGAAACCAUUGAACCUGUGGAAUCAUCACCAGUAAGGCAACAGAACAAUUGCACUGGUGAAACAAAACAAAAGAGUUCUAGGAAGAGAAGAAGAGAAGUGCCUUCACCUGCACCUAAAAUUUAUCAAACACGACACAGGGGUUCAAAAGAUAUAGUUACAGGGUCUGCUGCUGUUUCGGAAACACCCACAAAAAACAACUUACAAUCACCAUCCCCUUCAAGUCCGUUGGUUGUUAUAUCAGAUAGCGACUUUGAGUAAUCAAUUCGUACAGGAUUGUUGAUAUGUCCACCAGCACAUCAGAGGCUUCCGAUUUGUAAAAGUACUGGUCUUCUGUUAUGGUGCUGUCGCAGGCAUACAACAUUCUAAUCGCAAUGUGUUUUUUUCAUUGGAAAUUGGGAUUAACUCUUGUAGGCAAGUUGCUUGUUUUGGGAUGGCUGGCACCCAUUUUGUGUUUUUUCUUUUAAAAGGCCAUUUGAGCAAUUUGAUGUUUAAAUUGUCAUGCACGUUUUGCACCUGAUUGCAAAUUUCAUUUUCAAUCUGAACAAUAAGCAGUGGCCUUUUUGAAGAAAUACACCUUUCUAUAUUAUCCUGUUAUAUUGCUUGUGCGCUUGGUUUAUUGUUUCCCAAGGAUUGUAGCGCAGCAUUUUGAUUGUGGAGUUGCAGGCAUACAGCAAACAUGUAAAAGUUGGCUGGCUUAAGGUCAAUAAAAAUUGCCACAUCAGGUUGAGGUAAUUUAGGAAACCUAUAUUGUAGUACGACAUUUUGAUUGUGGAGUUGCAGGCAUACAGCAACCAUGCCAAACUUGGGAGAUCCAAUUUAAAGCUUAUAACUCAUCAAAAGAUGCCACAUCUGACUUGAGGUCGAGGCAAUAUAUAAGCUCUCCUAAAAUUGUAAUGCAACGUUUUGAUUGUGGAGUUGCAGGCAUACAGCAAACUUGUAAAACUUGGGUCGUCCGAUUUAAUUAUUACAAGUAAACAAACUUGCCACAUCAUGACUUGAGGUUGAGGCAAUAUAAGCUUAUAAAAUUUCAACGAA